AUGUACCGAGUAUAUAUAUGUGAGACCGCCACCGCAUUGAGUGUGUGAGCCACCGUCACAGCCACCGUCGCUCUGCUCAAACCACCGCUUCUCUCUCUCCGUUCUGGGUUUUCAUCACAAUGUCCACAUUCGGCGCCACCACAAACACCACCAACCCGAACAAAUCGCACGAGGUAUCUCAACCACCUGGUGAUUCUAUUUCGAGUCUCUGUUUCAGUCCCAAAGCCAAUUUCCUCGUCGCUACUUCAUGGGACAAUCAGGUUCGGUGCUGGGAGAUUUCAAGGAAUGGGAAUGUUAUCAAUACUACUCCCAAGGCUUCAAUUUCUCAUGAACAACCAGUUUUGUGCUCUGCUUGGAAGGAUGAUGGAACAACAGUUUUUUCUGGAGGCUGUGACAAGCAGGUCAAGAUGUGGCCGCUUUUGUCCGGUGGACAACCGAUGACUGUUGCUAUGCAUGAUGCUCCCAUUAAGGAUCUCGCGUGGAUACCGGAGUUGAACCUUUUAGCCACAGGAAGUUGGGACAAAACCCUGAAGUAUUGGGAUACUAGGCAGUCCAAUCCAGUGCACACUCAACAACUCCCUGAUCGUUGUUAUGCAAUUUCAGUGAAACAUCCUCUGAUGGUUGUGGCAACUGCCGAUAGAAAUCUUAUUGUCUUCAACUUGCAGAAUCCUCAGACUGAGUACAAAAGAAUCGCAUCUCCCCUGAAGUAUCAGACAAGAUGUGUUGCUGCCUUUCAAGACCAGCAAGGAUUUUUGGUUGGCUCAAUAGAAGGAAGGGUUGGAGUACAUCACCUGGAUGAUGGACAACAAAACAAGAAUUUUACUUUUAAAUGCCAUAGAGAAAAUAAUGACAUAUACUCUGUGAACUCCUUAAAUUUCCAUCCGGUAUAUCACACUUUUGCAACUGCUGGAUCUGAUGGUGCUUAUAAUUUCUGGGAUAAGGACAGUAAACAGAGACUCAAGGCUAUGGCAAGGUGUAAUCAGCCCAUACCUUGCAGUGCAUUCAAUAGUGAUGGUUCCAUAUAUGCUUAUGCGGUUUGUUAUGAUUGGAGCAAAGGAGCAGAAAAUCACAAUCCAACUACAGCAAAGAGCAACAUUUUUUUGCACUUACCUCAGGAAACUGAGGUUAAAGGUAAGCCAAAAGCUGGAGCAACAGGUAGAAAGUGAAGCUUGGUGUUAUACGUUCCUUGCUCGUGAAAUGGCUUUGAAACUGGAAUUCAGACCGGUUAUUUUAUGUUUUGGUGCCACAGCUUAAAUGACGAGUCUACAUAGGUUUUUCAUCUAGGAUUUUCAUGCUUAGGUUUGCCCACCAUCAUGAUUCAGGGUUAGGUUGCUACUCUUUUAUCACGUGUACAGACUCCAAUUAUUGCUGGAUGGAAUUUUCCUUUCAAACAAACAAUUUAGGAGGCUUGUCUCAUUAUUUAUUGAUCUGAAUUUCAUCAUCAUAUGCAGUAAUAGUUUCAUGUUUCUAU